AUGGACCCGCCUGCGAACCUCAGCUACUUCACCCUCUCCACCCCCGCCCCUGGGGAGACCAACCGCAGCAGCUUCGACGCAGCAGACCCGCGCCCCAGCCUGCCCCUGCUCUCCGUCUUCGGGGUGCUUGUCCUGACCUUGCUGGGCUUCCUGGUGGCGGCCACGUUCGCCUGGAACCUGCUGGUGCUGGCGACCAUUCUCCGCGUACGCACAUUCCACUGCGUUCCGCACAACUUGAUGGCGUCUAUGGCCAUCUCGGACGUGCUGGUAGCCGCUCUGGUCAUGCCGCUGAGCCUGGUGCACGAGCUGUCUGGGCGCCGCUGGCAGCUGGGCCGGCGGCUGUGCCAGCUGUGGAUCGCGUGCGAUGUGCUCUGCUGCACGGCCAGCAUCUGGAACGUGACGGCCAUCGCGCUGGACCGCUACUGGUCCAUCACCCGUCACCUGGAAUACACGCUCCGCGCCCGCAGGCGCGUCUCCAACGUCAUGAUCGCGCUCACCUGGGCGCUCUCCGCCGUCAUCUCCUUGGCCCCGCUGCUCUUCGGCUGGGGCGAGACCUACUCGGAGGGCAGCGAGGAGUGCCAGGUGAGCCGCGAGCCCUCCUACACCGUGUUCUCCACCGUGGGCGCCUUCUACCUGCCGCUCGGCGUGGUGCUCUUUGUGUACUGGAAGAUCUACAAGGCCGCCACGCUCCGAGUGGGCCCCCGGAAGACCAACAGCGUCUCACCCAUAUCCGACACCGUGCAGGUGAAGGGCGCCGCUCAGCGGCCUGAGAUGGUCCUCGCCACGCGCGGCGCCACGGUCACCUUCCAGGCCGACGGGGACACGUGGGGCGAGCAGAAGGAGCAGCGCGCCGCCCUCAUGGUGGGCAUCCUCAUCGGGGUGUUCGCGCUCUGCUGGAUCCCGUUCUUCACCGCCGAGCUCCUCAGCCCCCUGUGCGCCUGCGACGUCCCAGCCACCUGGAAGAGCGUCUUCCUGUGGCUCGGCUACUCCAACUCCUUCUUCAACCCCCUCAUCUACACGGCCUUCAACAAGAACUACAACAGUGCCUUCAAGAACUUCUUCUUGAGGCACCACUGA